ACCGCCAUCAAAGGCUAGAGGAAGAACAAAGAGGUGUAUCGCUGUGGCCGGAUGUUCGGGCAGCAGGGAGGAACAACAAAGAGGAGGAGGACGGAGUUCCCAGGCUUCAAAACUAUCCACUAGAUGUCAACAAUAACGUUACCGUUCAUUUGUUAAAGUUCCCAGAGUUCGAUUUGCAUGAAGACAAGCGCCAGCCGAGCCGGCCAUGGCGAACAACGCAGAGGAUGUUGAAAACAACUUUAUGCAGGGCCAGCCCGAGUCCGCUGCGGGUCCUGAGCCCCGCCAGCAGCAGCAGCAGCAGCAGGAGGGGGGGACGAGGUUGCGGACCAGGGGAGGUUCGGGCGUAGGGCGAGGCGAGGGCGGAGGCCCCGAGCAGAACGGGCACCCGCCCGCCGCCCGUCCGGCAGUGCAAGAGGCGGAGGAAGACGAGGACGAGGAGAUGACCUUGAAAUACGGGGCCAAGCACGUCAUCAUGCUCUUCGUUCCCGUGACGCUCUGCAUGGCCGUUGUCGUGGCAACCAUAAAGUCCGUCGGCUUCUACACCCGAAAGGAUGGACAGAGGCUGAUUUACACGCCAUUCCCCGAGGACACGGACACGGUGGGCCAGAGAGCCGUGAACUCCAUCCUGAACGCCACCAUCAUGAUCACGGUCAUCAUCGUCAUGACGCUGGUGCUGGUGCUGCUGUACAAGUAUCGCUGCUACAAGGUCAUCCAUGGCUGGCUCUUCCUCUCCUCCCUCUUCCUCCUCUUCUUCUUCUCCUACAUCUACCUCCAAGAAGUUUUCAAGACCUACAAUGUGGCCAUGGACUACUUCACCGUGGUGAUCGUCAUCUGGAACUUCGGCGUGGUGGGCAUGAUGUGCAUCCACUGGAAGGGACCUCUGCGUCUGCAGCAGGCCUACCUCAUCAUGAUCAGCGCCCUCAUGGCUCUGGUCUUCAUCAAGUACCUGCCGGAGUGGACCGCCUGGCUCAUCCUGGCCGUCAUCUCCGUCUACGAUCUACUGGCGGUUCUUUGCCCUAAAGGACCUCUGAGGAUCCUGGUCGAGACGGCCCAGGAAAGAAACGAGCCCAUCUUUCCUGCUCUCAUCUACUCCUCUACAAUGGUAUGGCUCGUCAACAUGGCCGACACGGGCGGGCCGAGAAGGGAAUCCGCAGAGGAGACGCAGGAAGCAGCGGCGCCGGAGCCGGCGGAGUCUCCGCCCCCCUUGAGCUCGCCGCAGGACGACGGAGGCUUCACCCCCUCCUGGGUCAGCCAACAGGAGCACCAGCUGGGGCAGCUGCAGUCCACGGAGGAGACCCGGCGGCAGAUCCAGCAGAUGCCUUCGGCUCGCCCGCCGGCGGAGGAGGAUGAGGAGGAGCGGGGCGUCAAACUGGGGCUGGGAGACUUCAUCUUCUACAGCAUGCUGGUGGGGAAGGCGGCGGCCAGCGGCGACUGGAACACCACGCUGGCCUGCUUCGUGGCCAUCCUGAUCGGCCUCUGUCUGACCCUGCUGCUCCUCGCCAUCUUCAAGAAGGCGCUGCCCGCUCUGCCCAUCUCCAUCUUUUUCGGCCUGGUCUUCUACUUCGCCACCGACAACUUGGUGAGGCCCUUCAUGGACAAGCUGGCGCUGCACCAGUUCUAUAUUUAGCGGGACGCCGUGAGCCCCCGCCCCCCCCACGUGCCCUCACAACAACACGAGAGGGCCCCCCCCCCCCCCCCCCCCAGCUGCUGGAACAAAAGACGGCAACGCAGCCCCCCCCCUGUUUCUGCUCUGCCUUCAUUUCCUGAAGCUUUUAACGUCUCUGAGGCUUCGUCUCCGGUCCAACCAGCCGCCUCAGGUCCUUCAGGAGGUCGUCCCGCCCCUCGCGGCGGUCCGCAGGGGGCGGGUCUAAACUCUCCAAUAAAGACAUCCCGUCACAUUUCUGAAACCCAACGGAAGCCAAGAUCUUCAAAGCCUUCACCGAAUGAGCGGACCUUCAGUGCCGGUUCUGCUCUGAUUCUGCGCCGUCUGAUUGUAAAAGAAAGCGACGUCGGGCCGGUUUGGGAGGGGGGGUCAAAUCUGUCCGACGCCAAAGUGAAGCAAUGUUGCAAAAAAAAAAAAAAAAGUGGAAGCAACUUACAAGUUUUAUUGUAAAAUUUCUGCGGAGGACUCGGAGCCUGAGGUGGACAGGACCGCUGGAGCAGUAGAAGGUUCAGUGCCUUGCUCAAGGGCAUUUCAGUCUUUACCUGUAGUAAAUGUUGCCGUGUGACUCCAUCACGUGGUACCUGCUUCAUCCUGGGGGGGUGAAGUCUUUUUGUUUUCUUGUUGUGUCCAAGGAUUGUAACCUGUGACCGUUGGGUCACAAACUCUGAACCUUGAGCUGCAGCUAACCUGGAUGCUCACCUGGUGCUGUCCGGUCCUAUGCCCCGCCCCCAUCGCUCACCUCCUGCAGCUGCGUUCACGCGCUCUUUGUCUUUUCUUUAGGAAUUUAGGAGGAACCGACACUUCAAGGUUCUCCGGGUUGACCUGGAAAAAUGCAUUUCCUGCAGGAAUGAUGUUUAAAAGAUCGAAACUUUCGUUCGAUCAAACUGGGAACAGAUUCUCUUCUGAUCCUGAAUUAAGGAUUUCAAGUUUUACUGCAAAAAAAAUAAAAAGACACCAAGAUUCUGGAAAGAUAUCCAAAAACGUUGAAGAGGACCGAUGGACCGUUUGUUGUUGCACUCAAGUUUGAUUCUCACUGAUGAAACACAAACUAAAUAAUUUCUCUGAGCCUGCUUGUCCCCCAAUGUUUUUUUUUUUUUUUAAUUCAAGAAGUUUGGUGAUUUGCUUUUUUUCCUGUCUCUCACAUGCAUAUAUGUUAUGCAAAGUUGAACAGAGUUUGUUCUUUUGUAAUAAAAUGUGAAA